AGGCGCGUGGAAAAGGAGACGGACGUCUACCGGUAGUUAGCGGUAGCUGGGAUCAAGAGAGAGUGAACUCCGAGAGUGAAUCGAGAGAGAGAGUGUGAGAGAGGGAUAGAUCGUGAGAUCAGGGAGAGAAGACAAGUCAGGCGACAGGGAGAAAUAAAGGAGCCUCGGGUCAGUCUUGUGGUUGAUCGCAAAGAGAUCGGUUGAGCGUGAAACAACAACAACAAAAAAAAAAAGAAAUUGAAUAAAAAAAAAGCCUGAUAAAUAAUUAAAAUGUGUGACGAUUACGACAAUGGCGCAUGUCGCGACAGUGAAAUAACAAAAGCGAACGUUGACGCUUUGAUUCGGGCUUUGGAGAAAGAAAAGCAGAAGAACUCCUUUUUAGAAUCACUGUUAAAGGAUGGUUGCGUGAGUUCAACGAAACGACGAAAUGACUGGAUCGAGGAACCUUCCGACAACCAAUUGUUCGAAGCUACUCCUCGUGGAUGUUCUACAUUUCUUGAUUCUGGAACACAAUCCACCAACGAGGCUUCCAUGUCGGCGUCCAUGUCUUUCGCCACAUUGCAAAUAGCCGUUUGCCAACCGAAAGACGGAAAAGAAGAAGUGGACAAGACGACAUUCGAUAGAUGGAGAGAGUUAUUUGAAGCGGCAAUGGAGUUUGCGGGAAUUACCAGUGAAACUCUAAAAAUGAAUGCCUUUAAAAUGAAGGCAGGCCCUUCACUGUUGGGCAUUCUAGAAAGUACGUCGACAAAUGAUUCAGCCAAGGAUGCGAAACUAUUUCCAUACACUAACACAAUGGAUCGAUUAGAUCACUAUUUUAAUUCCCAUUAUUACGUGUUUCGUCAGCGUCAAAAAUUACGCACGAUGAACCAAAUCAAAGGUGAAUCGGACUACCAAUUCGUAAAACGAGUGAUCGAAUCUGGGAAAUUAUGUAAUUACAAGGAGGAACAAUUAAUCGAAACAAUUGUCGACGUGAUACAGGUGCAUGCUAUUAACCCCAAAGUACGUAUGGCAGGAUGGAAAAUUCUCAAAAAACGCGGAACAAUAACAGAUCUACUGGAAAAAGUUCGAACAUGCGAAAUAGAGAAAUUUAACGAAAACGCUUUCGCUAGAGACCACAGACAAAAUGAAACUACAUUAGAGGUUUCCGCUGUGUCGCAUAACACCAACGCAAAAAUGUCACGCACUAGGGAGUUUCAACGUGAUUAUCCCUCAUACAAACAAAAACAUUGGGGUAUGCAGGAGAAUAGAGGCUUUAGCAAAGGCGAAUUUUCAAAAUUCUCCACAAAUCGUUCAUUCGGUAUUCGUCGCAUCCUGUGUAGGAGAUGUAGCAGCAAUACACACCAGCCAGAAAACUGCUACGUUGACGAUGCUUUCGACGAGGACAACGAAAAGCACAUAUUGUAUUCCUUGGAUGCGGGAGACAUGUCUAUUUCGUGGACGGAAAUACAGACAGCCUCGGAGACAGACGAAGAACUGGAAGCAAGCAAUUAA